AAUUGAGUGGGGGAUUUCGAAGUGAGACGUUUCACUUAUACACGCACUGUGGUGAUUGUUGUAGGUUGGUCGUUAGUAAUCACCCAGUUCGUAAUCACUGUGAUAUCGCGUGGGCAUUGUGAGAUGGAUAGAGACUCACUUCUUAUGGCAGUUUCUUCUCUCCUAGAUCCAACUAUUGAUAACGAUCAGCGAAGUAAAUGCUUCAUGGUAGCUGAGAAUUACAAAAAUGAGCAAUUCCAGUAUGCUGAUGUUGACUUUCUGUGUAAUCCGAACCAGCCUUCUGCUAUCAUACUUUUUGGACUUCAGUGUUUAGAUCAUUACUUAAAAAAUCAUUGGGGUCAGAUGGGGUUUCAUGCGAAAUCCAGCCUGAAACAAAAUAUUUUUAAACUUUCAAGAGAAAUAAAUAAUUUUCGGUUUUCUAGAGAAGAAAUGCGCGCUUUCACUCUGAUGUUGAGUCAAAUUAUCGUUUUCCUCAUCAAGUGUGAAUGGCCUCAGCAAUGGCCUACUAUGUUACCUGAAUUCCUGUCCCUUGGAAAAUUAGGGAUUCCCCAAACUAAAUUAGUGCUGAAUUCAUUCUUAAGAUUGUACGAAGAUGUUAUACAAUUCCAAGAUGCUCCACCAUCUCGACGGCGUGACAUUUUAACAGGUCUGAAUGACAACUUGACCGAGAUAUUUGUUUUUGCACUUGAUAGUAUUGUCAACAGACUCCCGAAUGCCGAUUCAUUCAUCGACUGCGACUCACUUGACAUCUGUCGUGAGUCAUUAUGUACAUUGGGAGGGUUCCUAGAGUCAUGUCGUCUAAAUGUUUUGACUUCUUGGACCCCUUCAGAAAUCGCUAUCAAAAACCUCAACCUUAGUCGCACCUUGCCAUUUCUGAGUUUAAUUACUACGCUCGUUGGGAUUAGAAGUUUACAAACCGAUGCUCUAAGUUUGAUAAAUAUCUUGCUAUCCAGACGAAUACAACCGGGAUCCGAAAUUCCAGAUUCAUAUGGCCCAACUAUAGCUGACAGUUUUCUGAAAGAGCCUUUGGGAUUUUCAUCUCCAUGCAAUAAUCUCAUAAAGGUUUUAUGUUCUACAUUAUCCGAAAAUCCCGAGUAUUCUGAUGAACGUUACAACUUCUUAAGGCUAUUUGGUGAUAUUGUAGUCCAUAUUGGUUGUCAUAUGAUUAUCCAUUGGAAGGAGUAUUCAUAUGAAUCCGCUCUCUGCAAUUGCUUGGACAAUGGUGUAUGUGAAUGUCCUAACCUACCAUCACAUCUCUUCCAGGCAAUUUUACGUUUGACUGCCUACCCAAUCCAAGUGAUAUCAGCGUGCACUAACAAAUUUUGGAUCACCGUUCUUCGUUCAGACGAAAAAUCUUUACUAAAGUUAACUGAAAGGUUUGCGGAUGAUUUAUUUAGCAUUUGGCGAAAGAAUUCAUUAAAAGUUGGUCAACCAUCUGGUACUGGUAUUCAAAGUGAGUGGAACCGAAGAAUUUUCGAAACCGAUGAUCAUACUAGUUUUUUCUCCCGAUACCGAAGUGAUUUAGUGAAGUGUUUGUCAGCUGGAGCGUCUUGCUGGCCACAAAAAGUUUUACUUUUAUGUAUAUCAUGGAUUGAAACACUAAUCCAAGCAUCUCCUUCCUGUCAAGAUUAUGAUCCAAUUACUAAAUUCCUGUUAGCCACUUCACCACUUAUACUCGAAUGGGAAGCUUUAGAUUCGUUUCUAGAACCAUGUCUAUCAGCUGCUGAACAAUCGUUGAAGGCUCUUCAUAUUGAUAUGGAUGUUAGUUCAAAAGUGAAAAAUUUGAUUAAUGGGAUUUUACAAUCUUCAAAUAGUAUGGAUCCACUCCUUCGUGCUAAGCAUCUAGCUUGUUUAUCAAUCCUAUUACAACAUGUUGAUUCAAAUAAUGAUUCAGAACUUCUGGUACCCUUUUUAAAUAAGAUUUUUGAAUCUUUAGAUUCUUGUCCUGUUGUGGAUGAAUCUCCAUCUUUAAUCGAUACACUUGAUUUUGUAAAUAGACCACGGCAAGUUAAAACUAUGCACUUAGCAUCUGCAACAUCAUUUCUUCGUUUCACUCGUGCUCAUCCUAUAAGAAUGAUGCCUUAUUUUGAUAAUAUAUUAAAUGAAAUAAAUAAAUUUUGGAUGGAGAAAAUUUGUGGAAGUAUGGAGAAAGGGAUUCUUUUAGAAGCUUUGGUGAUACUUGGCUUUCGUGUUCCUCAGCCAAUCAAUGUACAGUUCAAUUUUCUUCAAAGUUUGCUUGUCAAUGUUUAUGGUCCAUGGUGUGGUCAAGAUCCUUACAACGUGACACCAUUUUCAGAACUAUUGCGCUCAUGUGAAUCUGGGGCACCUGGUUUAGUCGCAGUUUUAGGCCUUGAUAAACCUUCUGACCGAUUGGGGAACUUUGAAUCUCCAUAUGUUCAAACCCGGAUAAAUUUGAACCACAAUGUUCGUUCGUUAUUGGCUGUUUGUAGACGCCUCGCAGAACCGUGCAAUAAUCAGCAGCUUGAAAAUAUUUCACUACCCAUCUUGGAACCCGUUUUAUCACCAGUUCUACAUGUUCUUCGAGCAUUUAACGAACUUUGGUUACCGGAAACACUGAAACUAGUUCAUCCAACUGUACUUCCUGUAUUACAACAUACAGAUGAAAUUCAACUAUGUUUACUGAAUUCUCAAUUUCAAAAUAUACUCAAAUCUGUAGAUGUUACGAAUCCUUCGUUACACCGAUUGCGCACUUUUCUCAAUGACUGUCAUGAGAACUUAAUGGGGAUAGUUGGCUUUUUAUUUGUUUCGUUGGGGUCGAAAUUCUAUCGUUUACCAACCGAACAGUUAAGAAUUGCAUUGCACGAUGGUUGCUGUGCUGCAUUUGAACAUUUGCCUGACCUCAAGCUAAAUAGUCUUCUACGAUCUAUUCUUCGUCCAUUUAUCCGUCAGUGUCCUAGACAGCAUUUUGAAACUGCCAUCGCUCCCUUGGUCCCACCAGUAAUUGAAGCUGCUAUUAAGAGAACUGAAGCAAGAUGGAAUGAAUUAAUCAUGGCCGAAGGACGUAUCUGUGAUGACGAAAAAGCAGUUGCAGCUGAACUUGUACUAGACAGAUCAACUCGUCUGUUAAGUCGAACGUGUUUGGAUAUAUUGCGCUUGAUUUACACUUUCAAUGGCUAUGAAAUAUCUGAACAAUUUAAUCCUCCCAAGGAAGAUGAUGGAGAGUGCGAUGAUGAUAAUGAUGAUGUAGACAUGUCAGAAAGUAUAUGUGCAAAUGGUCAGUCGGGUACAAAUAGUUCACUUGGACAUUUAACAAAAUUAUUGGCAAAUAUGCACGCUAUGUCAUCGGAACCAGACUAUAAUGCACAAAAUCUUCCUUCAGAUCCUUUGUUCUUACGUUCAUUAACGAAAAUUUUAGCUUGGCCUGAUACUUCAAUUUGCUCUAAAGCUGCUCAAUGGAUAUCAAUUCUGGUUGAGAUGCUGACCAAUACCGUCACCCAGACUAAUUGUGGUCCAAAAAUCGCUACCACACAUUUAUCUCCUAAUAUUGCAGAAUUUAUUUUAUUCGGAAUCUUAUGUGGUCUACAUGUAAAUGGUAAAAAUGCUGAAAAUGCUUUAAACUGUUUAUUAUAUGCUGGAAUUAAAACUUAUCUAUCUGUGGAUAUUAUUGUGGCCAGACAAAAUUUACGAUCUGUUAUAAUUCGCGUUUUAAUGGACACAUUAAAUGGUGAUAAAACUAAAGAAGGCCAAAUACAACAACAAAUUCAAAUUUUUGAGGAAAAAAUGUUUGGUAACCGAAACAAGCCGGCAACAAUGCGGGUGAGGCGUGAUGCUUUUAAAAAAAUCGUCGACCCUAUUAUUGGGGUUCCUCUCAGCCAACGUUUUCGUAAUGAAUUUCAAAUACACAGUAUACCUCCUCUACACCGACCCAAGUGGAUUCGUAUACGUGAGAAAAGGGAUACAUCUCAUAUUGAAGACGAUUUCGGUCUUACAAAUUUAUUUACUAAUGCAACUAACUAAAUUAGAGAAAUUAUGAUUGUGUACAUUUCUUAUUAAUGGAGUUUUUGUUUCCAUUUCUUUUACACCUCUAACAUCAAUAAUUGCUUUUGUUAUAACUGAAAUUUUAUACCAAAGUUGACAAAACAGUCAGUAGUUGAUAUCGUUUAAGUUCAGCAUAAUAAAUCCUGGCUUAAGUGUCAAUCAUAAUCAUCACUGUAACUCCGCCCUUCUAGGUUUAUUGCCUUGCUAAAAAACGCUAACCAGAAUUAACAAUUUGAACUCUGCCUUGAGAGUUGAAGGAUCUUCAUUUAGAAGAAUUAUAACGCCUCAUGUUAAAUGCCGAGAUUAUUCGGAAGUCACGAGGCCGAUGCCCCUUCUAACAACCAGAGGAACAAUUAAUAUAGGUACAUGGAAUGUCCGGACAACGUGGGAGAUAUUGAGGACUAAUCAAAUAGUUACGGAAUUGAGGAGGUACAACUUGGAGGUGCUGGGAAUAAGUAAAACCCACUGGACCCAAGCUGGGCAGAAAAGAUAAGGUUCAGUGGGAACGCUGUUUUACUCUAGUCAUGAAGAAUAAAAUGCUUCGCACACACAAAAUGUGAAGGCACGGAUUGGCAAAGCAAGGGUAGUAUACCUACCAUUGAAGAACGUAUGGAACUCAAAACAACUGUCAGCCAACAUCAAAGUUAGAAUCUCUUAUGCGAACGUCAAGAUAGUUCUAUUGUACGGAACUGGAACUUGGAGAACUACUGAAAGCAUCAUCAGGAAGAUACAAGUAUUUAUAGACAAUUGUCUACGCAAGAUACUGAAUGUCCGCUGACUAGAUACCAUCAAUUACAGCCUACUGUAUGAGAGAACAAACCAACUUCCAACUGAAGAGGAAAUUAGGAAAAAGCGCUGAAAGUGGAUAGGACAUACAUUAUGGAAAUCACCAAACUGCAUCACGAGGCAAGCGCUAACUUUCGAUUCUGAAGGGAAACAGAAAAUCGGAAGACCAAAGAACACGUUGCGCCGGGAAAUAGAAGCAGACAUCGAAAGGAUGAAUAGCAACUGGAAAGGAGGGCUCAAGGGUUGGAUGGAGAAUGCUGGUGGGUGGCUUAUGCUCUUACACAGGGUGUGACAGGCGUCUGUAAGAAAAGUGUACCUCAUUCUGAGAACUGUUGUGUAAGACACUUCCUAUGAUGGUUAAUUUUUAAAUAAUGUAAGUACUGCAUUUAUUUUUAUCCUUACAAUGGAUAGACAAUUCCCAUUUAAGCAUUAAAUACACGACGUUUAGCGACCGGAUCUCUUUCCAACGAAUUUAUUAUCAAGCUGUACAAUGUUGUUAAAAUCUUAAGAACAAAGGGAUAAUAACCCCAGACUUAUAUCACCACAUUCGUCCAACGGGUUCGACCACCCCGCUUACCGGAAGUACAUAGACCUGUUUUGGAUAUGUCAAGUUCACCAUGUUAAUGAAUCGGACAAUGGUUGAUGAAAAAAUUGUAACUAGUUAGAAGGCAAGUAUCUAAAUAUUCUACUCAAGAUACUUUUUAAUUUACUGAUCGUGUUAAGGACGUUAAUACUUUGGAAAACACGUGUUCUUGUGUGGCGUUAAUUCUUUGUUCACUAGUAUACCUUUAACUGAAACGAUAUGCCAUAUAUGUGGUUUUAACAACAUAGAUCUAAGUCUGCCAACUGACCACUUCGAUUCGUUGGACAGAACUCUUCUCUGGGAUUGUCUAUUGAAGAAGGGUGUGCCUGAGAAGUUUAUUAACAUCCUAAAAGCCCUAUAUAAAAACACCUCAGGCAGAGUGAGGACAUACAACCACCGUUCUCCAUUGUUCCAUUCGAGCACUGGGAUUAGACAGGGUUGCCCAAUCCCGCCAUUUCUCUUCAACUUUGCCAUCGAUGACAUUCUGGAAACAGCUCUGAUGAAUGUAAGUAAUGGUGGUGUGGAUCUGUUGCCUAGAGAAAGACUUCUUGACCUUGAGUAUGCGGACGAUAUUGUCUUACUGUGCGAUAAUGCCCAAGGCAUGCAAUCCGCACUUAAUCAGUUGGCAAUCAGUGUCCGUAGGUAUGGUAUGUGCUUUGCAACUUCGAAGUGCAAAGUACUUCUACAAGACUGGAAGGAUUCGAAUCCUGUACUCACACUGGAUGGUGAGCAGAUAGACGUAGUCGAGAAGUUCGUGUAUCUGGGUAGCUGCAUAAGUGCUGGUGCGGGUGUGAGUGAUGAGAUCAAUGCACGUAUAGUGAAAGCCAGAGCGGCUUAUGCCAAUCUGGGUCACCUUUGGCGCCUUCGUGAUGUUAGUCUGGCUGUAAAAGGUCGGAUCUAGAACGCGUCGGUGAGAGCAGUUCUGCUCUGUGCUUGUGAAACCUGGUCUCUCCGAGUUGAGGACGUCAGACGACUCUCUGUGUUUGAUCAUCGCUGUCUCCGAAGGAUUGCUGACAUUCAGUGGCAACACCAUGUCAGUAAUCCAGAGGUUCGGCAUCGUGUGUUCGGGCACAGAGAUGAUAAUGCAAUCGGUGUCACCAUCUUGAAACACCGACUUCGGUGGCUUGGACAUGUUCUCCGAAUGUCGUCCCAGAGAAUUCCACGUCGUGCAUUAUUUGCCAACUCUGGGACUGGUUGGAAGAAGCGGAGAGGUGGUCAGUGCAUGACAUGGUGUCGUGGUAUGAAAGAAAGCUGCAAAAGGCUGGCUUCAGUCGGUCCUUCACGACUCCCUGGUUGGGGUCUGAGAGAUGGUGCUACACAGUGGCUAGAGACGUUAUCAGAUAUGACUCAGAAUAGAAACCAGUGGCGAUCCUGCUGUAAUCUUCUUUUACUUUCUUCAUAAAAAGUGGUUGUGUCUCCCUUACCUGAAAGAUUUCUUCUGAUUGUACCUUAGUUUUUUUUCUAUUUCUCUUCGAAUUCUCACUGUUUUGUGUGGCGCAUAUAUAUUGGCGCUCUCUUGUACCAAUAUUCAUGUGUUUAAAUAAAUAAAUUUAAUGUCCG